AGAUGCUCUAUGCCAAGCCCCGCUAAAAGGCUGCUUCAGCUGACACCAGCCUCUUAGCUCUAAGCACACAGGUGCUAAGCACACACCAGAAGGCGAGACUUUGCCUUAGAGUACCAGGACGGUUUCCAGGACAGACGUGCACCACGCUGUGACCCAAGAUUUCGAAGGGUGAAGUGUGACCUGCGGCAGCCCCCUUGCUGCAUUCUCCCACCAUGAGGGUGGCAGGCAUCAUCCGGUUCCUGGCACUGUUUGCCAUGCUCCUGGGCUGCUGGUUCAUUGUGCAGACAUACUUCGAGCACAGCGGGAGGUCCAUCAGCCUGCGGAGCUGGCUGGGUGCCACCAGCAAGCCCAGGAGCAGCCAGCAGGUGCCCCGGCACAAGUGUGGGAACCAGCGGAGCUGCCCCACCAACCAUUUUGCCUUCAAGAUCAUCAGCGGCGCUGCGAACGUGGUGGGACCCUCCAUCUGCUUCAACGAUGAGGUCCUCAUGAGCAACGUGAAAAACAACAUCGGCAGGGGCCUGAACAUCGCCCUGGUGAACGGAACAAGCGGGCAGCUCCUGAAAACAGCCUCCUUUGACAUGUACUCCGGAGAUGUCACACAAGUGGAGACCUUCCUGCAAGAGAUCAAGGAUGGCACUGUCAUACUGGUGGCUACCUACGAUGAUGCUGCCACAAAGAUGAAUGACAAAACACGGAAGCUUUUUUCGGCAUUGGGCAGCAGCUACAUAAACCAUCUGGGAUUUCGGGACAACUGGGUCUUCUUAGGGGCAAAAGGGCUGCAAGGCAAGAGCCCCUUUGAAGAGCACAUCAAAAAUGACCAGAAAACAAAUAAAUACGAUGGCUGGCCUGAGCUGCUGGAGAUAGAGGGCUGUGCCCCCAAGAAGCAGGAUUAGCAGGGACGCACUGGUGGCACGCCUGCAUGGACCCCAGCAGGGUCCCAUGGGGACACCAGCUCCCUGGACUCUCUGCAGACCCCCAGCCACGCAGCCCAGCGGUGGCUGCCUACUCCCAGGGACCAGCAUUUUGGCACGGGGACACGCGGUGCUUGGAGCAGCGCUGUACAAGCAGCCACAGCAUGCAAGUAAGCAAACACCCAGCCAGGCUCCAGCCGAGCUACCCUAGUCCAUGGUCAGUUUGGGGUAU